AUGCGAAUUCUCGGACUCUACGCAGUGUCAUCGAUUCUCCUGGCGACUACGAGCUCGGCCGGUCCGAUUGCUCAUGGUCCUCUCAGCCCUCGAAGUCUUCUUCGUUUCUACUCUAAUACGACUGUCACGACGAGCUCUCAUGCUUCUUCUCCGUCCUCGUCGUCAUUCGCGCAGAUAGGUCAUCAGCUUGAUGAUCCCAUCACUAUAAUACCUGUUCCGUCUCCUACGGGUCCUGAGAGUAGUCCGUCGACUACUCCUGAGACUAGUCCUACGACUGUUCCUGCAACCAGUCCUACAACCAGUCCUAUAGCCAGUCCUGCAGCCAGUCCUACUACAAGUCCUACAAACAGCCAUUCUGCGGCCAGUUCUACUGGAUCCGCAUCUGCUGACGCUCGAGGGCCGGUCAUACCUCUCAACAACACUCCUCCGUCAUCAUCUGCGACAGCCUCCCCGUCAGCCCAACGGAGCACUCCUGCUUCCAGCACUCCUAGUCCCACAGCCUCAGGCAGUGGGUCGAGUCAAGAAUCAAGUAGCAGAGGCGUUGGAAGCGGUUUUGCUCCAGGAUCCAGUAGCACAGUCGUUCCACCGGUCUCACCAAUUGUCACCCCGAUAGGAGGGCCAUACCGAAAUUCUUCCACUGCUGCUCCAAGCAGUCCUGCGACCAGCGCGGUAGCUUCGCCGUCUGGGCAGCCUUUCUCGAGUGCCGCGGUUGAAGGUCCAUCAGCGUCGCCGUCCUGCUCUCCAAAACCCUCUUUUCAGCCAACUCCCGACAGCUCGACAUCACCCUCUCAAAGGGUCAGUCCCUCUUCUACAGCGGUCUCUAAGGCAACUAUUACGCUUCCUGGGCUUGAGAAUGGGUCUACUCCAGGGCAGCAGCCAGCCACAACUUCACCUUCCACACCCACUUCUACGUCUACCCCUCCUAUACCCGCAGGGUCUGCAAGCCCUACAAGCGCGAGUCAACCUCCAGCUGCAGCUACGACACAAACGGCGGCCAGUCAAUCUGCGAGCCCAACAUCCCCUCCACCGUUCGAGCCGACCAUUGUCUUCGUCACCAUUACACCUCCUUCAACACCGCCUGCAGCACCGUCGCCAUCGGUAGCACCCGAGCCAAGUGAUUCACCAUCUGCUGAGAGCGCCUCAUCACCUGCAGUCAGCAAUGCCGAUACCGUAACUGCGACAGCAACUCCACCAACGGCAUCUGACAAGGGCGGCUCAGACGUGCCGACGAUCCAGCAGACCUCGACGCCACAGCCUUCGGAGCAGACUCCACAACCUGCGCCUGCGCCUGCACCGAGCGCGUCAGAAGGGAGUAGAGCGAAUCCUCCGCCACAGCCUGCGUCAACAAACACUGCUGGCCCACUCACUAUCGUUCCAGUGACGCCUGCCGGGGUGAUCACCGUGACCAAGACUGUGACGGAUACGGUUACAGUGACGGUGACAGCGACAGCGACGGUGACAACAACAGUAACCGUGCAGUAA